AUGUCUCUCCUCAUCCGUAUCUGGCUGAGUUCUACUCUGGUUCUGGGAUCCAAGGACUUUCACAACUAUCGUUAUACUGGAAUUCAGACGAGUAGCGGCGCUGGCAACGGUUAUACCCACAUCCGUAAGACGACCCUCGAAGGAUCUUUCUGAUUGUGAAUUUGACUGAUAAAUUCAAAGGACGGCAAAAUGUGAAUCCUUGCGCAACGACGACCGUCGAGACUUACACCGACGUAAACGGCGCUGUAUAUCAAUAUCAAUGUGGCGCCGAUACUGGUCCUCCCGGCACUAAUGUUGCACAUACCUACGCAUACAAUACAUGGGAGGAGUGCUUUGCAUCAUGCGACACGACUGGCGGGUGUGGUGGUUUCACGUAUCUAGGAGCCGCAAAUGGCACAGGUUACGGCGAUUGCUACCUCAAGGGUACCGGGACAUACCUGCUAAACAGUACAAACAUGGGCAAUACGUGAGUAACCCAAGUCAUUGAAGGCAGAUCGCGCUACACCUACUUACCCUCGAUCCGUUUGCUUCACAGGUACGUCGGGGCUGUACUGUUAUCCGCACCGCCAGCAGGAUACACACCCACAAGAACCCUUUCCGCAACAGCUACCUCUACCGCCACGAGCACAGUUUCGCCCGUAGCCUGUGCAGACCCGGGAGCGCCGUCAAUCGUAUCAAGUCCAGCGAGUGAGUCGAGAGAAAGACGACACCACCUCCCAUGAUUUCGACAUAUGCUGAUGUGAGAUACUUUGCUUUCAGCGGGAACGAACUACACCAUCGAAUGUGGCUCCGACACAUAUGGCGACGUGGCUGCUGUGCUCAUGGUACAGAAUGGCUAUCAGGAUUGUAUGGCAAAUUGUACGAUACCCAGAUAAGGACAAUAAUCUCUGAAUCACAGAUAUGACUAACAGGUCGUUGGCAGGCGAUAAUACCACCGACUGUUCAGGAUUCACGUACCAAUCUGAUGCACAAAAUGGCACCGGUUUGGGUGAGACAAUAUGGAACUCUUAG